GUUUCACCUGUAUAAUCACAUCGACGAAUGCACGCGCACACAUUCACACACGCGCACGUUCGUGUAUUUGUUUAUACGCUUGCACGAUCGCGUAUUCGUUUUGUUGAACAUCGAUCUACACAUCAAUGCGAUCAUCUAGAUUAUCAAUUAGAUCGGUGGUGAGUAACUAAAUGAAAAGAUGAAACCGUCACUUUUAAAUACAGUUUGAACGAUUCGAAUUUUGUCUAAACUGCCGUCUCAAAGUUGCGGAAUUUCUUAGAUAUACAGUCGUCUUUUUCAUAAAUCGAGAAACGUAUUAGUAGACUAAUGCGAAGAUGCCUAAGAAACUUUGGUUGGACUAAACAAACUCGCGUAGUGUUGUCGCGGCGGUGGUUGUGAAAGUGGCCGUGAAGAUUGUUACUAUAAAGUAGUCUCGACGGAACUAAUCACACAGGAUGAGACGGAAAUUUGAAAUCGCAGCCCUUUACUUCCUCUUGCUGUCGAUCACCUCCACUUACGUCGUCUCUGUCGCCGGUUACAAGCACUCAAGGCGACACCGAGACUUUACUGUGGCCGAGAGCUACGAUGCGUCAUCCUCCAACAGUGACAGCCUUUCGAUGACGAUACCACCAUCGAUCGAUCGGUCCUCGCUUCCUGAAGAAUCAUACCUUCCUGAAAGCCCACAUCCGAUCGAUCCUUGCGUGGCAAAAUAUUGCGGGAUCGGCAAAGAAUGCGAACUGUCGCCAAAAAACAACACCAUCGCCGUGUGCGUUUGCAUACGAAAAUGCCCGCGAAGGCAUCGACCAGUUUGCGCCAGUAAUGGAAAGAUUUACGCGAAUCACUGCGAGCUACACAAAGCUGCCUGCCACUCUGAAUCGCCGUUAACCAGAAGCAGACUGAUGCGAUGUCUACACCAUGACAUCGAAAACGCUCAUAUCCGAAGAACCUUACACAUGAAUAGAACAUCCCCUAAAACGGGCAGGAUCGUUUCUUAUCCAAGAUCCAGAAGCCGAAAGAAGGGUGGUUUGAAGGAUAACUUGAUACCAGAGAAGAACGACUCGGACUCGAAGGAGUGCUCGAAUCAAGAAUACGAAAUAAUGAAGGAUAAUUUGCUGCUCUACAAUCACGCGAGAUUAAUGUCCCAAGAUAACCACAGCAAAGAAUACCUUGUCAGUAUAAUGUUUUCUCACUACGAUCGGAAUAAUAAUGGUAAUUUGGAACGCGAAGAAUUAGAACAGUUCGCGGAGAACGAAGACUUGGAAGAAUUAUGCAGAGGCUGCAAUCUCGGUCACAUGAUCAGCUAUGACGAUACAGAUGGUGAUGGAAAGCUGAACGUGAAUGAAUUUUACAUGGCAUUCAGCAAACUUUAUAGUGUCUCGGUGGUAUCUCUGGACAAGUCCCUCGAGAUAAACCACAUAUCCGCGAGGGUAAGCGAUAAUGUGGAAAUCAAAUGCGAUGUCACGGGAACACCGCCACCUCCGUUAGUGUGGCGACGCAAUGGGGCUGAUUUAGAAACGUUAAACGAGCCUGAGAUUCGAGUGUUCAACGAUGGCAGUCUUUAUCUAACGAAAGUGCAACUGAUACACGCUGGAAAUUACACUUGUCACGCAGUUAGAAAUCAAGACGUUGUUCAAACUCAUAUCCUAAGUAUUCGCACUAUUCCCGAAGUGAAGGUAACACCGCGAUUCCAAGCGAAACGUUUGAAAGAAGAAGCAAACGUAAGGUGUCACGUGGCUGGUGAACCUCUUCCACGAGUGCAGUGGUUGAAAAACGACGAGGCGCUGAACCAUGAUCAACCGGAUAAGUACGAUAUCAUUGGGAACGGUACUAAACUCAUCAUUAAAAACGUUGAUUACGCCGAUACUGGAGCCUACAUGUGUCAAGCUAGUAGUAUCGGCGGUGUUACAAGAGAUAUCAGUAGCUUGGUGGUUCAGGAACAACCUACUCCAACGACCGAGAACGAAGAGCGGAGAUUCUUCUCUUUCCACGAAUGGGGCAUUUUGGUAUACGAACCGUCUGCUUGCCGACCACGACAUGAAAUUCGCUCUACGGAUGUGAUACCUGGUACACAGGAAUACGUGUGUGGCAUUAAAGGUGUCCCUUGUUCAUGGGGACGCGCGAUUAAUGUAGCAAAUCGAUAUGUGUACGUCAGUCAACCAGAUAAAGAUCGCGUACUUGUCAUCAGUGAAAUACAAAUGGUUAUAGUCGAUGUGGUACCGACCGACAAAAACCCUGUUCAGCUCUGGUAUGUUUCCUCUCUCGAUCAAGUAUGGAUAUUGAACUGGCGAAACGAGAAAGACAUCGAUGUAAAAACGGUGCAAGUAAUAGAAGAUGCUGCUCAGAAAAAAAAGCACCGAGCAAUUCGACCAGAGCCUAUCGAUGCGCAAUUUGAUAUAAUCCAAAAUAUUUAUAUUCCUGAAUCACAAGAUAUUGAGAACGUGUUCAAAUACGGUUACGUGAGUCAUGCGAAUCAACGUAACAUGUAUAAACUUGAUUUAAAGAAUAUGAAAUAUACACGUAGCGCUGAUUUAAGUUCUUAUAAUUGUGUUCCAGUGAAUGUCCAAUUUUCAGUCCUAUAUGGAUUUGUAGUAAUCGAAUGUCAAGAACCGGUUACCAACCGACCAACAGGCCAAUUGCUGUUAGAUUAUUUAACUGACACCGUUCUUGCAUACAAACCAAAUCUUUUAGGGAAACCAACUAUUUCACCCGACUCUCGGCACCUUGUCACGUUAGACAAACAAGACACAGGCGUAACUCUAGUCGUACAAGAAGUAUCAUCUGAUGGUUUAAAAUUCGCAUUUGACGUAAAAACGACAUUGAAUAUCAGCGAUAUCGCGCUCUAUCCAUCACAAACGACGCACGGUUAUGAUAUUUACGCAUCAUCCAUUGACAAAGAAAACAUUCUCUUCCUUGAUCUGUCCACCGGUAAAGUGGAAAUGAUAACAGGCGUGGGUAAAGCAACAUCGCCUAAUUUAACAAAAUGGGGAAACCCGAAUAGACCAAUUGUACAAAGUGGCAUAUUUGGUAAAUAUAUGGUCAGCCCAUCUAGUGAUGCACUAUUUGUUUUAAAUGGUGAAACCCGAACAAUAAAUUGCGAGAUUGGAGGUCUGGAACAUCCUGGAGCAGUGGUAUGGUUUACAGUGUCUUUACAUUAAACAAUCGAAAUUUUGACAACGAUACACGGCGCGCAUAGAUAAAGAAAAGUAGGCAAACACAGAAGAAACAGUGAUAUGUACAUCACCAUUUGAACAAAAGGGUAGAAUAAUUGUAGUUUUGUUAGGUUAGAGAAAGGAACGGUUGAAACAAAUUUUGAGAAAUAUAUUCUAACACCAACAUACCAUUAUUCAUGGUUAUCGUUAAAAUAUCUAAAAAGUUUCCACGUACUGCUCUUCAAUAAUUAACGGCGUAUUUUUGACACCAUCGAGCAAAUAAACGUUUUUGAUCGUUACAAUACAAAUAUUUAUCGCGAAACAUUUAACGAUAAGAUUUUUAAUGUACAUACCAAAGAUCGUCUUUUACAUACAUAUUUAACGUACCUAAUCAUUACCCUAUCGGUGGCCUUAGUUUCCCUCGAUUUUGCAUAUCUCAAUCUUUGUACUAAUAUAUUUCUCUUUCGAAUAAAUUUUUGAUGGCUAUAAGAAUACAAUUACAAUUCUUCCAAAUAGCAAUUAGAAUAAUGUUAUUUCUUACCCAACAUGUACUAUAAAUUAUUAAAAUUUAAUAUUAUUAAACUCAAUAUAACAAAACAAUUUAGAAAUUUGGCAAUUUUUAUCUCUAACGAUAUAUUAAAAGUUUUUCGUUAAAUGAUAUCAAGAGAUAUUAAUGUUAUAGCCAAAGAUCAAUAACUUGUAUAUCGUAGCUAAACCAGUUGAUUAGAAAACAAGAAACAAUCACGAAAUUACAUAAAUCGAAUGAACACAAAUAUAAUACAGUAUAAUCACUUCGUAGUUGGCAGGUCUUAACCGAAAAAUUAGAACCAUUUCUUUUACGAUAAUUUUUACAGUAACCUAUCCGGCAAAGACGUAUAAUACAGUUAUCGGGCCACAAAUAGUAUAUUAACAACGGGUAUGAUGAUUAUGUAUUAUAACGCAUGCGUGUGUCCAUUGUACACGUGAAAAUACGAGCGCAUAUAACAAGUAAAAUGAAUACCUUGUAAUAAAAUUACAACAAAACUAAUUUAAUAAAUAAUCUGCAAAUACAAAUCCUUUUUGCUACAAUGUACAUGCAGAUUACGAACAUCUUAGCAGUCUUGUAUCCAUUCAGAUAAAAAGGAAUUAGUGAUACAAUGAAUGGUUACGCUCCAUCGUUAAGAAUCGUACUUUUAAGUGUGUCUAGCCGUAACGUUCGCCUUUAUUCACUAAUAAAUUACGUCUGUUCAAAAC